UGCAAAUAUACCUGGAAUAACAAACCACACACCAACCCAUUAAAGUUUUGUCAUAACACACUACAAAGAUGGCCUUAAGCGUGGUAGAAAGAGGAGAGAUUUGUGUGGCAGCUGCCAGUGAAGUACUACAAGACCUUGCUGAUGGGAGAGGAAAGUAUGCACAAGCUAAAUUGAAGUCACUGGAGAAAGUUGCUGUUGAACUUGCGACCCAUGCUGAAAUGCUGGCCGAACGCCUGGAGGCAGGGGACAAAUUGUACCAAGAAAGGGACAAAGAGUUGCUUAAGAAAUCUGGAGAACUUGGUACACAAGAAGAGGAACUACAAGCUCAAAAGAAUCUUGUUGUUACCAACCUAGCUGUACAGAAGAAAGUGCUUCAAGAAAAAGAAGCUGAACUUUCAACAGCAGAGAGAACUCUGCGGAUUGCUGAGCGUAAGUUAAGAGAAGCAAUAAAAAAAAAGGAAACAAACGUUCAAAGAUGUGCAACGAUUGGUGCAAUUGUGUCUGGAUUAGUGGCACUACCAGUUGGCGCUACACCUGUUGCAGUUGCGUGUGGAGCUGCUGUGGGAGGUACGUUUGGAGCUGCUAUAGGAGCUAUACAAAAUUCUCUAAGUAAGAAAGUAGAAGAUGGUCUCUCAAUCAGGGAUCACUGUAGAUCGAAUGUCAAUAAUGCCAAGUCCACUAUUAGAUCUACAGAGAACAAAAUUUCGUCUUUCGAACCAAAAAUGAAAAGCUUAACUUCAGAUAUUGAACGUCUUAAUCAGCAACUCAAAGACCUACACAGAAAACGAAGUGAGCUUAAAAUAGCCAUUCCCAUCCUUAAAGAAAGUAUUGAAUUUUGGAAACUUUUCAGUAAUCUCUCUAAAAUCGGAGAAAAUAAGGCUACGAGUUUGCAAAAUAUUGUUGCAAUAGCAAACAAGGAACAAUUUCAUAGCUUUAAAAUCUUUCGUUCCCCAGGAACUCAGAUCAAAAAAAGCACAUUUUUUGAAGCGUGGGCAGACAUUGAGAAAGAGGCUGCUAAGAGUGGUAGUCAUAUUUUCGUUUUCGAUUACUCUUGUGCAUUGUGCGAAAAGAAAUACCAUGACUUGCCUUAUCUCCGUGGCUCUGACUUAAUUUGUUCUACAUGUCAAGAAGAACUGAUCAAUCCCAUGUGCAAAUUACUGUUUAACAUACUGAGUAAUAUACUGAGUAUUAUGCUUAAAAUACUGCGUAUUCUGUUUAACCAACCUGGACUCUCUUACUUUAUUAAUGUUAUGUUUCCUCGUAGUAUGCACUAGUAUAUGCAUGUUGGUACGUAUAUAAUUAUAUAUACUAUAAUGUAUAUCAUUAUACAAAUUAAAA